CGAUACACCCCGGACCUUGGACAGCUACUGAUGAGCCUGCAGGAGGACAGCCUUCACAGGACGGUCAUGGAUUGAUCCUUUGAACUAGUUGCAGGUUAAAGGAGCACCUCAACCACCACCACCACAAUGUUCGAAGGUGUAGUUGCCACUCUUCUGAACCGAUACCUCGGUAAAUACAUUCAAGACUUGGACACAGAAAACCUCAAUGUUGGAAUCUUCAGUGGAGAUGUUCAGCUCACUGAGCUCAAACUCAGGCCUGAGGCUUUGUACGAGCUUGACUUACCAAUAGAGGUGAAGGUUGGAACCAUUGGAAGGAUUACAAUACACAUUCCUUGGGCCGGCCUCUACAAUCAGAGUGUCAGUGUGGAAAUUGAGGAUGUGUACUUAAUCGCUGGACCAGUGACUGACCGAGACUAUGAUCCGGAAAAAGAGAAGAGACUGCUCAGAGCUGCUAAGAGGAAGAAGUUGGAGUAUUUGGAAUCAGAAAGCUUCUUGGGAGCUGAUGCUCCGGACUCGAGGAAUUUCUUUGAGAAUCUGACGACAACCAUCAUGAACAACUUGCAGAUCCACAUUCACAACGUUCACAUCCGCUACGAGGACUCUACCAUGAACAGAGAUACUCCGUUCGCCUGUGGUCUUUGCAUCCAAGGCAUCUCCAUAGAGACUACUAACAGCAAAUGGAAGCCAACGACCAGCUGUCAAGGAGCGAGCUCUGUCUACCAACUGUUGAAGGUUGAGUCGCUGUCUGUUUACGUCAAUCCCAGUGUUACCACCUUGAUAGGCAGCAGUCCUGGACUUGCUACCUCGGCACCUUACACUUGGCGUAACGACAUGAAGCGUGGCCUGGAAACAUUCUCUAUCAAUAAGGACGAAUUUGACUUCAUUUUAAAGCCCAUCGCAGCUAAGGUGAAAGUUAUAGUCAACAAGUCCAACGAGGCUCGUGUACCCAAGUUGCUGGUGGACUUUGUCUUGCAAGACGCAGCGAUGCAACUGAGCAGACAGCAGUACCUCGCACUCAUACAGCUGAUCGAGUCUUUCCAAAGAAUCAACCUCAACCGGAAAUAUCGGCAGUUCUACCCAGGAGUUGGAGUGACUGGUAAUGUCCACAAAUGGUGGAAGUACGCUUACAACGGAGUCCUAGAGCAGAGGGUUCGGCCGUACACUUUGGAAAGGAUAGUAAAACACCGGACCAACUAUCGGAAGUAUCGAGAUGUUUAUGCUCAAAGUCUUUUAAACCCGACUGAUACUGAGUUAAAGCUAGAUCUUCAGCGGCAUGAGGAUCAACUGGAUAUGCUGAACAUAAUCAUUGCCAGGGAACAUGCAAAAAUACAGCUGCACAGGUCGAACCCUGAGAGAGUGUAUGUGUUUGAGCGAGAGGGAGUGUGGUGGAGGGGAGGACUGGAGGGGGAGGCGAGGACAGAGUUGAGAGUGAUGGCAGACAAAGGACGAGGACUUUGGUCACAACUGUCAACAUCGGAGAAAACUAAACUUUACGACGCAAUAGGUUAUGUCGAGGAGACUGCCAACAGACCUGAGAAACCCAAGCAGUACAUAGAGCACAAGGUAAACUUCACUCUGGCCAAUUGUAACCUGAGUAUGGUCAACCGGGGGAGGGAGAUCCUUGUGCUGACAUUGGCACAGUUCCUGGCCAGCGUAGAGACUCGACCUUCUGCUCGAGCGUUUAAAGUGUCGGCUCGUGUUGAGAGCUUUGUGGUUGAGGGGGCUAGCGUGGAACACGAUCUAGUUCCCAUAAUCACUGCAGACAACAUUCUAACUGGUAACAAUGCUUGCAACUUCCUUGCGAUUGAUUUUGAAAAGAAUCCGCUCGCUUCAGAAGCUGAUUAUGGUCUUUCCAUUUCACUUGAGUCAGUGGAGGCAGUAUAUCAUGAGCAUGCGUUAUCCGAACUGAUGAGUUUCCUUCAAGCCCCGACAGUGUCGCUGAUGUCGGUUGCACAGUCCACCUCCUCUGGUGUGUUCCACAACGUGCGCUCCAUUACACAGAGAGCCAUCGCGCGACACAAGGCGGUCCAACUCAACCUGGACCUCAAACUGCCCUACUUGGUCAUUCCCGAACUUGGCUCAAUGCAGAAGGGUGGCAACAUGGCUGUGGUAGACCUCGGCCACAUUAGAGUGACCAGUGAGUUGCAGCCGAGCAACAUCAACUUGGAGGACGCCACACAGAUGGAGUUGGAAGAACGACUGUACGAUCGCUUCCACAUAGACUUCUCCGAACUGCAAGUGCUUUUCUGUGACUCAGGUGAGGAGUGGAGGGAUGCCAAGAAGCAGUUAGACUCCGACUACCACUUGCUGCCCAAGGUCCAAUGUCAAGUUGUGUUCUCUAACAGUGUGAGGCCGGAGUACAGACAGCUGCCCAGGCACAAGCUGAACGUGAGCCUCACUAGUUUGAAGCUGAACCUGUCAGAUCGCAAGAUCGGAAGUGUUCUAGAUUUUAUUGACAAUCUGCCUCUCCCUUCUGCCAACACUGUACAUGUAUCUGUGUCUUCCACUUCCCUGCAGCCCUUCAACUACACCCCUCAAGGAGAUGUGCAGUACUCUGCUCAGAGACUCGCAGAGAUCAAAGCCAUUCUUGUGGCUGCAGAGAUGACCCUCAAGAACAAACCUUUGCCUUCGUCUGACAAGGCUGCUGCUAAAAUGGCCAUGCUGGAGGUAGAUAAGAGCUUUAUAUCAUCAGAGCACAGUGAUGAGGAGAUGGAGUUGUGGGCGAGAACUGUUGAUCUUCCUGGCUUCGACGACAAUGUGUCCCCAAACAACGCCAUCACGAUGCUGCUCAGAUUCGUCAUUGGAGAGGUUGUAGUUCAACUAUGCCGCUCAAGCAACCGCAUAGACAAACCAUAUUUGAUGCUACGGGUGAGCAAGGCAGUGUGUGAUGUGGCCUUGAUGGAGUAUGGCCCCGCAGUGCAGGCGUCUCUAGGCAGUGUACAGCUGGUGGACAAGCUUCAUGUGGGCCUGGCGGGGGAGUAUCUGGAGCUGAUAGCUACUGAACCUGGAGUGGAUGUCAUCUCACUGCUGUACAGGAAGGUAAGAGCCAACUGCCCAGACUUCAAGAGCCACUUUCACAGUGUUGAGCAAUCUCUGGUCCUGGACUUCUCAUCCAUCAGUGUCAUCCUUCAUCGGGAAGCGUUUGUGACUCUCAACAAAUAUCUGCAAUACCUCAUGCAGAAAGUGCAGAGCAGGGACAUUGAUCUGUGGUCCAGGGCCAAACACUUCUACGCACCUCUGCAGUCCAAACUGUGGCACACUCCUGUAGAUCCACCCAUCCCACCCGGAGCCACCAAGUUUAGCUACUCCACCCGGAUGUCACAGUUUCGGGUGCGGCUGUGUGACACCGACCUUGAGUUUUUGGAUAUAAAGGUGGGAGGGCUAGAGAGUGACUGCAUGUUCAAGGCCAAUGAGAGGAUGGUGUUGAAGUUCUACUUGAGCAGUAUAACUGUUGACGACCUCUCAGAUAUGACACUGUACCCCAAGGUGUUGGCUGUGGACGAUGAACGAGUGGUAGAGUUGAAGUAUGUGAGACACAGCCCAAGUUGUACAAACACACAGACGUCGACACCAAGAGAGAUGACGUCAAAUAAUGUUUUUUUGGAAACUGUACCGGUCAGGUACGAACAACUUUCUGUUGACGAGGGCUUCCUUAAUAUGCCUGAAUACGAGAACAUGGGUCGGGUUGCUAUACCUCUGCACGCAUUUUUCCCUUCCUGUAUUUACACUAUAACCUUAAAUCCUGGAGAAAGAAAAACCAUAUCUGCGGGUAUAAAAAUUAGAAUACCUGAAGGUUAUGAAGGACAAAUUCGACCGGUAGCAUGGCAAGCGGAAACUUUCGGGGUGACAGUUUUAGACUCUCCAGCGUCUAUUGACUCCAACCAUACAGACGUAGUCAGGGUUAACCUAAUAAAUCAUGGAAACGAGCCGUUCAGCAUUAAUUACUGUAGUCACAUCGCAGAUCUUGUCCUAAUAAAGGUUGCUAGGGUGUGUUGGGUCUUAAACGGUGGUUCCGAAGAUCACGAUGAUCCGGACUGUAAAUUAGAGGAAAUAAUUGUUGACAAUCAUGUGUCUGUCAUUGUAAGAAGGGACAUUAUCUAG